GCUAACCUUUACCUCCCAACAAACCCUCUCUCGCGCCGUCUCUCUCAGUGGCUAUUGGUCCGACUUCACUCUCUUCAUUUGGCAGGGAAAACUUAAAAAACAAUGUCCGACUAUCUCCCUGACGUUGUUAUCUUCGAAAUCCUCUCACGGCUUCCGGUGAAGUCGCUCAUCAGAUUCAGGUCCGUUUCUAAGACCUGGUUUUCUUUAAUCACAAGCCAUGACUUCAUCGCAAUGCACCUCAAUCGGACUCUCUCAAACACCAAAGACCCACCCUACCUUCUCUUUCGUCAUUACGAUGAAAAAAUGGAGAAAGAGCACUUCGCUCUGCUCUCUUCCAAUGACCCAUUCCCUCGCAACCAUUUUUCCAAACACCUACACUGCAAGCUGAACCUGAGUGUCAGCAACAGCGACCCUAACCCAGGCCCUCCCAAUCGGCUUGUUCUUAAGAAACAAAUGAAAGAGAGAGGGUUUUUCGCAUAUCCAUCAGAUUUCAUAGAAUUGCAUUUCCCAUUCAAGUACUUGGAAAAGGAAUUCAUUUACAUUGUUGGUUCAUCGAACGGCAUUGUUUGUCUACUGGAUGCUACUCCCAGUAACACCGACUAUGACAUUGUUCCAAUUCUCUGGAACCCUUCUAUUCGUAAAGCAAUAUACCUUCCGAGACCUGCCGUGAAAUUCCCAUUUUCCUAUUUGCCUAUGGAGCAUGAUGGGUUCGGCUAUGACCCCAUUACCGACGAUUACAAAUUAGUGAGAAUUGUUUACCUUUAUGGUUGGGGUAAUCAACAUACUAGGGAAAAUAUUUCACCUUUGAUUCACAUUUUUUCGCUUCGCACUGGUGUGUGGCGUACUAUUCCCGACCCUGGUUCUCAGUUUCAUAUUGUACAGCAGUCUGACUCGGUGUUUGUGAAUGGCUCCGUCCACUGGCUCGCGGAAACUGAAAAAAAUAUCAGAUUUGAUUCCGAUGAUUCCGAUGAUGAUGAUACGUUUCACAAUGGGAUCUUCACAUUCGAUAUAGGGGAUGAGAUUUUUCAUGAAAUGGCAGUGCCUAAGUGUGUAGAAUUAGUGUAUGAUUUGAACAUGAAUCUCGCGGUGCUUGGUGGGUCGCUUGCGCUUGUCCCGUGCAACAGAUGGAAUUUAGGAGUAGAGCAGUACUCAGUGUGGGUGAUGAAAGAGUAUGGAGUAGCAGAAUCUUGGACUAAGAUGUUUGAUAUUGAUGUUGGGGAAGGAUUACGGAGGGUGGUCGGUUUUACAAACAAUGGUGAAGCUCUAGUGACCAAGGAUGGAAAGUUGCUGUUUUACAAUCCCAGUAGCCGAAGGACUUUGAAUCCUCACAUCCAUGCCCAACCAGCUUCGCUUUAUUUGGAUACUUAUAUGGAUAGCCUUGUUCUACUAAAUGUGGAAGAUGGUGCUUUGGGAAGGCAGGAGGAUUCGUCUAGUGCUAGUAAGGACAAAGAUUACCAGGAAGUAAAAGGUUGGGGUCAGUUUUAAGAAAGCAGGAAAAGAAUUAGGCAAGGGGAGGCUUAAUUCUAGCUUGGAACUUGGUUUUCCCAAUUUUUUCUUGAAAUUGACUAUCUUCAGGUAUAUAAUUUUCUAACUAAUCAUUCACAAAUCCUGCCAUGUUACAACACUUUGGUUUUUGAUUGCAGGAAAUUACUUGCUACGAACUGACAUGUUUUUGUGAAGCAUAUAUGCAGAGAAGCCAAUAGGUGUGCUGAUCACUUUAGCUCCAUUGGGCAGCCAACUUUUGUACCCCUUUUGUAUCCCAUAGUUUUGACUAUCUUUAGGACACUCAAACAAUUAGCUACUUUUAAGCUUGUUUGAACAGUUUAUUAGGUAUUACUUUUUUACUUCCUCUACUUUGAUCUAAUAUAAUGAUUGUGUCCUCCUGUCCUAUGGGAAUUAUGUCAAAAUCAGAUGUUUUCUUCA